AUGCCUCGCUGGAUGCCCGCCCUGCGCAACCGCCGCGCCCCGGCCGCGUCCCGCCAGGCCCACACGGCCGCCGCCGCCGCCCCGCCUGCGUCGUCCCAGUCGGCCUCGUUCCGCAAGCGCGACCUCCUCCUGCGCGGGCCCCAGCUCCUCCUGCGCGGUCCGAGCCUCCUCCUCAGCGCACCACAGGCCGUCUGGCGCGCGCCGAGCGCCGCGAGGGCCGGCACACGCCGCCUCCUCUCGACCACGAUCCGCCGCAACCGCGACCAGCGCCCUCUCGACCGCGGCAUCGACCACCAGCCCCUCGCCGGCCCGUCCAAGCAGCCUCUCGACGACCCCUCGGCCCACCCCGAGCAGCCGCAGGGCCGCCCCGAGUCGUUCACCUCCCGCCUUCGCAACCGGUGGAAGUCGACGCCGACCAAAUGGUCACCCAUCCCCGUCUCGCUCGGCGCCGCCGUCCUCGUCGUCCUCACGCUCUACAAGCAGGCCUCGGACAAGGGCAAGGAGCCGCUCCCGGAUGGCUCGGUCAAGAUGCAGGGCCCGUGGCAGGUGCACGUCCUCGGCGCGCUCCCGCUCCGGUCCGUGUCGCGCCUGUACGGCCUCGUCAACUCGGUCGAGCUCCCCGUCUGGUUCCGCGUCCCGGGCUACAAGUUCUACGCCUGGGUCUUUGGCGUCAACCUCGACGAGUGCGAGAAGUCGGACCUGCGCGAGUACCGGUCCAUGAGCGAGUUCUUCAUGCGUCGCCUCAAGGCCGGCGCACGGCCCAUCGACGACGCGCCUCUCGUGUCGCCCGCCGACGGGCGUGUCGUCAACUUUGGCGUCAUCGAGGGCGGCCGCAUCCAGUCGAUCAAGGGCGCGACCUACUCGCUCGAGGCGCUCCUCCAGGGUGCAGGCUCGACCGAGGGCCAGGACGAGAAGCCGCACGGCCUGCCCCGGCACCCGCACGACGUCGACGACGCCAAGAUCGACGAGAGGGAGUUUGCCAACGUGAACGGCAUCUCGUACUCGCUCGCCGAGCUCAUGGGCCAGACGGGCGACGAGUCGGCGGCGGCGUCGGGCGCCCAGGCGAGUACCACGGCGCCGCUCAAGGACGCGUCCAUCUCGGACGCCGAGGCGAACAAGCACCGCAACGCGCCCAAGCGGUCGCUCAGCGGCGACGUCGCGGUCGCGACCGAGAUCGCCAAGGCCGCCUUUGAGCCCCGCGAGGGCAACAAGCUGUGCUUCGCCGUCAUCUACCUCGCCCCGGGCGACUAUCACCGCUUCCACAGCCCGACCAACUGGGUCGUCGAGCGCCGCCGCCACUUUGCCGGUGAGCUCUUCUCGGUGUCGCCCUGGAUGGUCGGCAAGCUCGCCGACCUGUUCGUCCUCAACGAGCGCGUCGCCCUCCUCGGCCGGUGGCGCUACGGCUUCUUCUCGAUGACGCCCGUCGGUGCCACCAACGUCGGCAGCAUCCGCGUCAACUUUGACAGUUCGCUCCGCACCAACUCGCCCUCGCGUCCCGUCGUUCCCGGAACCUUCAGCGAGGCGACGUACGGCAACGCGUCGCAGCUCCUCGGCGGGCAGCCGCUGCGCGCCGGCGACGAGGUCGGCGGCUUCUGGCUCGGGUCGACCAUCGUCCUCGUGUUCGAGGCGCCGCGCGACUUCCACUUCAACAUUGCCAACGGCGAGAAGCUCAAGGUCGGGCAGGCGAUCGGGUCCGUCUGAGUGCUGGGUCCAGGAGGUGGAGCGGCGAGAGGGAGAGGGGGAGGAGGGGGCGCGAGCGGGUCCUUAGUUUCGCAUUUCGGCUUUUCUCUCUCUUUGUCGAGCUCCAUCUGCAUCGUUUGGGUCAUUGUGCAUCGUCUC